GUGUCAUCUGUGCCUGUGAGGACCGAAACAAGGAGCCGAACGACUGCUGGAGAAAGCAACGGCAUCUCUGUUAAUGGGUACUCUUCUGAGAUGCUACAGACCCUUGUUCUUGAUGCUUCCUUAUCCGGCUCGAACGAUUCAAAUCAGAACCAACCAGCUGAGCCCCGCCGGCAUUCUCAAGAGGAGGAAGCUGGGUUCGGUUACUCGUUGUUAUAGUGCCAGUUCUUUGCGACCGUCCCAGCCUUCGGUUACUGAACGCAACUUCGGUAAAUCCGACGGGGAGGGGGGUGGUAAUCCAUCGCCAGCGCUGUGGCUUUAUAACACGAUGAGUAAAGAGAGAGAGCUGUUUAAACCUAAAGCGGAAGGAAAAGUUGGAAUGUAUGUCUGCGGAGUCACAGCAUAUGAUCUUAGCCAUAUUGGACAUGCUCGCGUUUACAUCAAUUUUGACGUUCUUUAUAGAUAUCUUAAGCAUAUGGACUAUGAAGUCUCUUAUGUUCGCAAUUUCACUGACGUAGAUGACAAGAUAAUUGCUCGAGCAAAGGAGUUAGGAGAGGAUCCAAUCAGUUUGAGUCGACGCUAUUGUGAAGAGUUUAGUCACGACAUGGCAACUCUUCAUUGUCUACCACCUUCUGUGGAGCCACGAGUCUCAGAGCACAUGCCCCAAAUCAUUAGUAUGGUUGAGCAGAUUAUUAAUAAUGGGUAUGCCUACAUUGUUGAUGGGGAUGUGUACUUUGACGUUGAAAAAUUUCCAGAAUAUGGGAAGCUAUCUGGACGAGAUCUUCAAGAUAAUCGAGCUGGUGAGAGGGUUGCUGUUGAUUCAAGGAAGAAAAAUCCUGCUGAUUUUGCUCUUUGGAAGUCUGCAAAGCCAGGAGAGCCAUUUUGGGAGAGUCCCUGGGGUCCUGGAAGACCUGGGUGGCAUAUUGAAUGCAGUGCUAUGAGUGCAGCUCAUCUUGGUCACUCUUUUGAUAUCCAUGGUGGAGGAAUCGACCUUGUGUUUCCUCACCAUGAAAACGAAAUUGCCCAGAGUUGUGCUGCUUGUAAGAAAAGUAAUAUAAGUCUCUGGAUGCACAAUGGUUUUGUCACUGUGGACUCAGAGAAGAUGUCCAAGUCUCUGGGAAAUUUUUUCACCAUACGGCAGGUUGUAGACGUUUACCAUCCACUGGCUCUGAGAUAUUUUCUGAUGGGAGCCCAUUAUCGAUCUCCUAUUAACUACUCUCAUGUACAGCUUGAAAGUGCUUCAGACCGUGUUUUCUACAUAUAUGAGACUCUACAUGAAUGUGAAAGCUUUCUGUGCCAACAUGAUCUCACAAAUAGGAAGGAUUCCAUCCCACCUGAUACUUUAGAUAUUAUUAACAAGUUUCAUGAUGUUUUUGUGGCUUCAAUGUCCGAUGACCUCCACACCCCAGUUGUAUUGGCUGCACUGUCUGACCCAUUAAAAGCAAUCAACGAUCUGCUACAUACUCGUAAGGGAAGGAAACGAGAAUUGCGAAUCGAAUCACUUUCAGCUCUGGAGAAGAGUAUCAGGAACGUUCUGACUGUUUUAGGACUUAUGGCUGCAAGUUAUUCUGAGGUUUUACAGCAGCUUAACGAAAAGGCUUUAAAGCGUGCAAACUUAACAGAACAGGAAGUCUUGCAGAAAAUUAAAGAACGGGCUGCCGCGAGAGUGAAUAAGGAGUAUGAAAAAUCUGAUGCAAUUAGGAAGGAUUUGGCAAUUUUAGGUAUUGCUCUUAAGGACAGUCCGGAUGGUACAACGUGGAGGCCCACCAUUCCUCUUUCACUUCAAGAACAGCAGACUGCUGCACCUUGAGGAGGUAUUAAGAGUCAAGAUCAGCAUCCAUUACUUAACAUCCCCAACAAAAAUGGAGAAAUGGAAGUUGUGAUUUUGGAAGAAGCAACAAGAAGGUUGGCACGCUUAUAUCAACUGCUCACUUGGCUUAGAGAUAAUCUAUUGAUACGAGUGUCGUGAGCCUGGUGCAGUUGUCUUGUUCAAUAAUCAGCGACUAGCGAGCUAUAAUUUAUAAACAUGUUGAGGCAUUUUAUUUUUUCUUGAAUAUCAUAGCCCGCACUGGGCAAAGAAUUUAAGCAUGAUUUAAUAAGAGUCUUCACUACAAUUUCUACAUUUAA